UGGCAACGCUCGUAUUGUAUUGUUCCGUUUGUUUUGCUUUUUGGGCAGUUUAUAUUUGUUUUAGCGUGUUGAUUUUUCACAUAAAAUUAUAUGAUUAUUCUACAGUUUUUCUCAUCCUAUAUAUUUAUAUGUAUCUUUGACGCCCGGAGUCAUGGAGACUGAAUUUACAGCAAUAUUAACGGAUGGUAAUAAGUUAGUUCCUGCCAUGCAAAAUGAAGUCCUAAAUAUUAUCACUUUUCUUAAAAGUAUUGACUGGACUGAACCAUGGCUGAUUGGUCUUUUGGUAUUUCAUGUUCUAAUUAUGACAGUCACUGUGGUAACACGUCAUCAUGGCAAUUUUCAAGGAGUGUUGUUCUUUUUGCUUUUAUUGCUUGUAUUGUUUGCUAAAAGUCUUAAUGAACUAGGUGCAAGUCACUGGGAAUACUUUUCUCGCCAACAGUACUUUGAUAGUCAUGGUAUGUUUAUAUCCAUUGUGUUUUCAUCUCCUAUCCUUCUGAAUUGUCUUAUUAUGGUCGGACACUGGUUAUGGUUGUCUGGUUCAAUGACUAUAAAAAUCAAACAGGCACAACUGAAAGAACGGCUACGUGCUGAGAGUCGGUUAAGAAGACAACGACGAGAAGCUGAGCAAAGAAAUGUAGAUGAACCUGUUCGGCAGAAUGUACCUGAACAAAGUAGUGCAAACGAAUCUAAUCAUGAUAAGAAAGAUUAAAUACUCACUGUGAUUUUUUCCCCCUUUUUUUUUUUUUUUGUACAGUUAUACUUAUGUUCAAGAAAUUAUAAGGUGCGCAAGUUUUUUUUAUGUUGAUGAAUACAUAUGUGUUAUUUGUUCUUGCCAAUAGCAUUAUAGAAUUAGUAUUAAAGUACUGUAAGUGAGAUAUAAUUUUUGUUGUAGUCUGCACAUAUGAGAACUUUUUCCCCCCUUUACAUUGUGUAGUAUGUGUUGCCAUAAUUUGCCUUUUCUAUUUUUUUUUUCGCCAAUAUUUGUUUUUAUAUGUUUUGUAAAUGCAUAGAUCUCAGACUAAACGAACAUAAUUCCAUUUAUUAUUAGUAGAAAUAAUAAUCUCAUUCUGUUAGGGUUUUUUUUGUUAUGUUUUUAUUAAAGUGACUCAGAAUUCUGAAGAUAACCUUUUUGUAAAGUCGUAAACUGUAUUAUAUUUAUAUCUCAUAUCUAUAUGAUAUUUUUAUUCCCCUCUUUAAUAAAAUUCUUUUCUUUUCAAAUAUAUAAUUACAUCAUAAGUAUUGAAAAUAAGAUUUUGACUUAUUCACUACUUUUAAUGGUAAGUUCUUAAUAGAAUAAAUUUUUGAAAUUUUUUUUUAUUCCAAAUUAAAAUAUUCAUAUCAAGUUACCUCGUGAAAUGUCUGAAAAAAUUGUAGACUUAGUGCAAUUCUUAUAUGAAUAUUAGCUUUAUUUUAAUUCUGAAUUAUUCUUUUAGAGAUGAGCAUUUCAUUUACUACUGAGACAAAUGUUAUUGAACUACUAAGUUGUGUAUAGUUUUUGUCAUUAGUUAUCUUCAAAUUUGUGUGAUAUUCUGUAAACAGGACUUGUAAUGCUCAUAUAUUCUUUCUAUGUAUAGAAACCAAUAAAUUGAAUUGUAUAAA